GUGGAGGGGAGAAGAGAAGGAGAGACAGAGAAUCACACAGGAGCUGCUGGUCAGUGCAGUGAUGCUGCUGCAGCAGAGAGGAGAGGGGCUGCAAAGGAAUGAACAAUAACAGACCAAACAAGGAGAACAUGGAAUGUUGUGGUGGAAUGCAGAAUGUUGUGGUGGAAUGCAGAAUGUUGUGGUGGAAUGCAGAAUGUUGGAUUGUCUGGAACCGACAUCAUUAAUGACAUGAAGACAAGUAUGGAGUGAGCCGAGGCAGUGUUGGACCGUGACAGUGUUUCCCUGGGUAUCUAGUUCCGUGACUGUCACUGUAACAGUGAGUCCCAGACGGAGGGGAGAUGUAUGCCUUCUACUCCCUGCUAGUUUACAUCUUCUACACUGUCUUCAAGAAGGAGGAGGAAGAAUCCCUGGGAGCUGCUCAGGGCGGAGCCUCAGCGGAGCCAGGACGUGUUUCCAUGGAAACAAGGAGCAGGAGGAUAAAAGGCCACACCCCCAGGAAGGAGAGGAAGAAAAGGGGGCGUGGCAGCAGGUUGAGUGACUCCAGCAGUAGCAGUGAUAGUGACGGCCUGUCCCUGAGUGAUGAAGAUGAUGGUGGAGGUGGUGAAGUGCCCGAUAUCCCAGCAUGCACUCCUCUGGGUGCCUUCCUGUCCUUUAAACAAGAGAACGAGAAAAGGAGGGAGGUCCAGGUGCAGCUGGAGACGGCAGGAAAGUUGAUGUCUGAGUCUCCCUUGGUGGCGGUGAUGUCCCACUUGCUGAGUUUUCUGGAGCAGUACUCCCACCUCCAGCAGCUGCAGCAGCAGGCUGAUCAGUACCGGGUCCAGCUGAAGAGGCACCGGGCCCAGCACCGCCGCCAGAUGAAGACCCUGAGGACAUCGUACCGUCAGAGGCUGAGAGAUAAGAACAGCGUCAUCGACAGCCUGGAGGAGGUCAUCAACACCCAGCAAUACACAUCGAGCACCCCGGGGAGCGACGGUGAGUGUGGUGCUGAUGUCCCUGGUGCCGGGGCAGGGCUCCACAGGCUGGUAGAGUCUCUGUAUGGACUACAGGGAGAGAAGAGCCAGCUGAGGGGAGAACUACGGCUGCUGCACUCCCAACUGGAGCAGAGAGAACAGGACCGACACUCACGAGUACAGGUCUUCCAACAUCAGAUCGACGAACUGAAGAACUGCAUCGAGGAGCGGGAGGAGGAGCUAUCCAGACUGAGAACGGACUCUGGAGCCACAGACUCGGAGAAGCGGGUUGUGUGUCUGUCAGCGGAGAACGAGAGUCUGAAACAGAGUCUGACUGUCACCCAGGGCCUCCUGCAGCAGCUCUCUGUCAUCCCUUCCCAGUCCAGCUCUGUACUCAUCAAGGAGAAUGAGAACCUGCGCAGCCGGGUGCAGCACCUGGAGAGUUCCCUGCAGCAGAGGGCUGAUCAGCUGUCUCACCUGGAGCGACAGAGCGAACAAAGCGAGUGGAGGAGAGGAGAGGAGCAGAGGAGAAGAGAGGAGAGAGUGAGGGAGCUGCAGCUAGAGCUGGAUAAAGAGAGGGCCAAAGAGCCACAGGUCAAGAUUGUCACUCAAACUGUGGAGGUGGAGUCACCGGUGACUCUGAGGCAGUUGGCUGAGGCCAGAGAGAGGAACGAGCAGCUGUCAGAGAAACUGACCAAUCAGAACGAGAAGUGCAGACAACUGGAGGAGCACAUCAGGAAGUCAGAUGAAUUCAGCUGUAACCUGCAACACAAGAUUGCAGCGUACGAGCGGGAGAUCAGUGUACUGCAGGAGGAACUGCUGAAGGAGAUAGGUCACCUGGAGGAGAAGAAGGAGGAGGCUGUAAAAGCUGCAGCGACGUGCUCCGUAGAACACUUCCAGAGCCUGCAGGACCAGUUCUUUAACCUGCAGAAGCGUCUGACAGCGCUCCCUCCGACCCUGCGCACCAUGAAGACAGACUACGCCAGCCUGAGGAGCCAGGUCCGCAACUUCUCGGACUUCUACGGAGCAGCCAUCACCGACGCCAAGAAACAGAUAUCAGCAGCUAUGAGUGAGAUGUCGGAGGCCAACAAGGACCUCCUGGAGAAGUACAGGAAGGAGGUGGCACUGCGGAGGAAGUACCACGAGCAGCUGGUCGAGCUCAAAGGCAACAUCCGUGUCCUGUGCCGUGUGAAGCCGGUUCUGAAGGAGGACCAGCAUGAGGAGGGCCAAUCGGUGGUGGUAACCACGGACCCCAACAACGAAUCAGCUCUCUCCGUGCUGAAAGGGCAGGGCCGAAGCCAUAACUUUGAACUGGACCGUGUCUUCCACCCUCAGGCGACUCAGGAAGAGGUCUUCCAGGAGAUCGAGCCCCUUGUGACAUCCUGUAUAGAUGGAUACCACGUCUGCAUCUUUGCCUAUGGGCAGACUGGCUCUGGGAAGACCCACACCAUGGAGGGCAGCACAGAGAACCCAGGCAUCAACCAGCGUGCUCUGAAACACCUGUUUAGUGAGAUAGAGGACAGGAAGGACAUGUGGACGUACACCGUGACUGUCAGCUCUGUGGAGAUCUACAACGAGGUGCUCAGAGACCUGCUGAGUAAGGAUGGAGAGAAGCUGGACAUUAAGAUCAACCCAGACGGAACAGGACAGCUGCACGUCCCUGGACUCCGGCUCAUAGAGGUCAAGAGCUUCCAACACAUCAAGAAACUUCUGGCGCAGGCGCGUCGUAACAGGAUCACCUUCGGGACCCAGAUGAACCAGCACAGCUCUCGUUCUCAUGCCCUCCUCAUGAUCACUGUGCUGGGGACUGACCUGGCCAGCGGGGCCAAGACCACAGGCAAGUUGAACCUGGUGGACCUGGCUGGCUCUGAGAGGGUCUGGAAGUCAGGAGCUGAGGGAGAGAGGCUGAAGGAGGCCCAGAACAUCAACCGCUCCCUGCUGGCUCUGGGGGAUGUUAUCCAGGCUCUGAGGGGGAAGGAGAAACACAUCCCCUUCAGAAACAGUCGCCUCACAUACCUGCUGCAGGACUCACUGGGCAAGGGCAACAAGACAGCCAUGGUGGUGCAGGUGUCUGCUCUGGAGAGUAACGUGGGAGAGACCAUGUGUUCUCUGAAGUUUGCUGAGAGGGUUUGUAAGGUGGAGCUGGGGCCGGCGGCCAGGAAGAUACAGAGAGGAGGGGGAAGCCAUCAGUGUGACUAGAACUCCCCUUCCUGAAGUCAUCCAACUUCCUGUUCCCAUGGACGACCAGGACUCCAGGGACUCAACAGACACACAGCCAACCAAAUACAUCAACAAGCAAUAACAACAACAAACAACCCCCUCUUCCCAGUCAGCAAGUCAGUCUAUCAGUCUGUCUAUCAGUCAGCCAGCCAGCCAGUCAGUCAAUCUAUCAGUCUGUUUAUCAAUUUGCCAGUCAGCCAGCCAGUCAGUCAACCUAUCAGUCUGUUUAUCAGUUAGUCAGUAUAAAAGCUACCAGGUGUGUAUUCAGUGAGAUUAAAUAUUGAGAAUAUUGCAGAUUCUCUAGUCUACCGAUCAUAAUGUCUGUUCAUGUCAUGCACAGGAGGUUGGUGGCACCUUAAUUGGGGAGAACACAUGGUUUCCAGGUGUUUGAUGCCAUUCCAUUCGCUCCGUUUCAGACCUUAUUAUGAGCCGUUCUCCCCUCAGCAGCCUCCUGUGAUGUCAUGUCUGUUGAACGUUCUGUAACGUUACACCCACCUGAACAGACCCCAGUUGUAACGUUACAUCCUCCUGAACAGACCCCAGCUGUAACGUUACAUCCUCGUGAACAGACCCCAGCUGUAACGUUACAUCCUCCUGAACAGACCCCAGCUGUAACGUUACAUCCUCCUGAACAGACCCCAGCUGUAACGUUACAUCCUCCUGAACAGACCCCAGCUGUAACGUUACAUCCUCCUGAACAGACCCCAGCUGUAACGUUACAUCCUCCUGAACAGACCCCAGCUGUAACUUUACAUCCUCCUGAACAGACUCCAGCUGUAACGUUACAUCCUCCUGAACAGACCCCAGCUGUAACGUUACAUCCUCCUGAACAGACCCCAGCUGUAACGUUACAUCCUCCUGAACAGACCCCAGCUGUAAUGUUACAUCCUCCUGAACAGACCCCAGCUGUAACGUUACAUCCUCCUGAACAGACCCCAGCUGUAACGUUACAUCCUCCUGAACAGACCACAGCUGUAACGUUACAUCCUCCUGAACAGACCCCAGCUGUAACGUUACAUCCUCCUGAACAGACCCCAGCUGUAACGUUACAUCCUCCUGAACAGACCCCAGCUGUAACGUUACAUCCUCCUGAACAGACCCCAGCUGUAACGUUACAUCCUCCUGAACAGACCCCAGCUGUAACGUUACAUCCUCCUGAACAGACCCCAGCUGUAACGUUACAUCCUCCUGAACAGACCCCAGUUGUAACGUUACAUCCUCCUGAACAGACCCCAGCUGUAACGUUACACCCACCUGAACAGACCCCAGCUGUAACGUUACAUCCUCCUGAACAGACCCCAGCUGUAACGUUACAUCCUCCUGAACAGACCCCAGCUGUAACGUUACAUCCUCCUGAACAGACCCCAGCUGUAACGUUACACCUCCUGAACAGACCCCAGCUGUAACGUUAAACCCUCCUGAACAGACCACAGCUGUAACGUUACAUCCUCCUGAACAGACCCCAGCUGUAACGUUACAUCCUCCUGAACAGACCCCAGCUGUAACGUUAUAUCUUCCUGAACAGACCCCAGCUGUAACGUUACAUCCUCCUGAACAGACCCAGCUGUAACGUUACAUCCUCCUGAACAGACCCCAGCUGUAACGUUACAUCCUCCUGAACAGACCCCAGCUGUAACGUUACAUCCUCCUGAACAGACCCCAGCUGUAACGUUACACCCACCUGAACAGACCCCAGCUUUAACGUUACAUCCUCCUGAACAGACCCCAGCUGUAACGUUAGAUCCUCCUGAACAGACCCCAGCUGUAACGUUACAUCCUCCUGAACAGACCCCAGCUGUAACGUUACACCCACCUGAACAGACCCCAGCUGUAACGUUACAUCCUCCUGAACAGACCCCAGCUGUAACGUUACAUCCUCCUGAACAGACCCCAGCUGUAACGUUACAUCCUCCUGAACAGACCCCAGCUUUAACGUUACAUCCUCCUGAACAGACCCCAGCUGUAACGUUACAUCCUCCUGAACAGACCCCAGCUGUAACGUUACAUCUUCCUGAACAGACCCCAGCUGUAACGUUACAUCCUCCUGAACAGACCCCAGCUGUAACGUUACAUCCUCCUGAACAGACCCCAGCUGUAACGUUACAUCCUCCUGAACAGACCCCAGCUUUAACGUUACAUCCUCCUGAACAGACCCCAGCUGUAACGUUACAUCCUCCUGAACAGACCCCAGCUGUAACGUUACACCCUCCUGAGCAGACCCCAGCUGAGUCUAAAAUUAUCCUGAUAAAGAAGGGCUAUGACUUGAGGUCUCUGUGACAACAUCAUCAGGAUAACAGAUAAGAUUGAAGGGAUAGGAUGUCUCUACUGUCUCCUGUCUGCUGCUGUUCAGAUAAGAAGUCUCUACUGUCUCCUGUCUGCUCCUGUUCAGAUAAGAAGUCUCUACUGUCUCCUGUCUGCUCCUGUUCAGAUAAGAAGUCUCUACUGUCUCCUGUCUGCUGCUGUUCAGAUAAGAAGUCUCUACUGUCUCCUGUCUGCUGCUGUUCAGAUAAGAAGUCUCUACUGUCACCUGUCUGCUCCUGUUCAGAUAAGAAGUCUCUACUGGCUCCUGUCUGCUCCUGUUCAGAUAAGAAGUCUCUACUGUCUCCUGUCUGCUGCUGUUCAGAUAAGAAGUCUCUACGGUCUCCUGUCUGCUCCUGUUCAGAUAAGAAGUCUCUACGGUCUCCUGUCUGCUGCUGUUCAGAAAAGGCCCAUGUCAUCAGCUCAUCUGCAUGAUGCACCAACCAGUAUGACAUCAUCAUCAACAACACACUAACCCGAGUGCCAAGACAACCUCUACCUUUGAAACUUCCUACUAGAACCACAACUAAACAAAAAAAUGCUGUUUCCUUUGACUGAAUUGCCAGGAGUUCUUCAUCAGGGGUUGUAUGUUUCAAGCAUCUCAGAAUAUGAGUGCUGGUCUAGGAUCAGGAACUCCCUGUAGUUAUUAUAACCGUCUUCAUUAUGACCCGAGAGGCAAAACUGAUCCUAGAUCAGCACUUCUACUCAGAGACAUUUUGGGAAUACAGGCCUUGAAUGCUAUUUCCACCAUCACAAUGCUUAGAGAUGCUGCAUCUUAAUGAAACAUGUUCUCCAAGAGAUGAGUGUCACAGUAGAUACACUUGUGCUGUUCUAUUCUUACAGUAUUAAUUAUCAAGCUAUAUCUUCUAUAUGAUAACACGUGAGCUUCUUUUGAUUCCAAAUAGACAUGGCCUAUCUUAAAAAGGUACUGUAGUGUGUAGGAUCAAUCUGAGUUUUGUGUAAGUGAUGGAUUGGGCUGUAGUCUCUGGUCCAGGGUGUUAGUACAGCUACCUUCAGGUAGUCUCUGGUCCAGGGUGUUGGUGUGGCCUGCUGAAGUCUCAGCAGGGGGCAUGUUAACUCCAUGGACCAGAGUGUUAGUGCUGCUUCCUGAAGUCUCAGCAGGGGGCAUGUUAACUCCAUGGACCAGAGUGUUAGUGUGGCCUGCUGAAGUCUCAGCAGGGGGCAUGUUAACUCCAUGGACCAGAGUGUUAGUGCUGCUUCCUGAAGUCUCAGCAGGGGGCAUGUUAACUCCAUGGACCAGAGUGUUAGUGUGGCCUGCUGAAGUCUCAGCAGGGGGCAUGUUAACUCCAUGGACCAGAGUGUUAGUGUGGCCUGCUGAAGUCUCAGCAGGGGGCAUGUUAACUCCAUGGACGAGUGUUAGUGUGGCCUGCUGAAGUCUCAGCAGGGGGCAUGUUAACUCCAUGGACCAGAGUGUUAGUGCUGCUUCCUGAAGUCUCAGCAGGGGGCAUGUUAACUCCAUGGACCAGAGUGUUAGUGCUGCUUCCUGAAGUCUCAGCAGGGGGCAUGUUAACUCCAUGGACCAGAGUGUUAGUGUGGCCUGCUGAAGUCUCAGCAGGGGGCAUGUUAACUCCAUGGACCAGAGUGAAGGCUAUACCUACUCUCAAUGAUGACCUAUAUCACAAAAUGUGUCAUCAUUGUGAAGUUGGAAAAAGCGGUUUGUGGGUGUUAUCGUAUCUCUCUCAUACGGCCUAAUUCACUGGCUUUCAGUGACGUGAGCAAUUACCUCUUUGCGUCCCAAAUGGUACCUUGUUCCCUAUAUAGUACCCUACUUCUGACCAGGACCCAAUGUGCCCAGGGGUGCUAUUUGGAACGCAGAUGGAGAGUGAAGUAGGUAGCCCUGUGUGACAAUAUGAUAAAUAACAAAGUGUUGUUAUAUGCGAAAUGCAGAUGUAGGAUCUUAGAUCACUCUGUUGCAGGAGAACCGUCCUGCAACGCAGGAAACAUAAAACUUGUCAUGUAUUUGUCAUUUCCAUUCAUGACUUGAUUUUCCAUUAUGAGCAAUGUAAUCAACCCUUACAAAAAAAAUGUCCAUUAAUUAUAAUCCACAUAAUAAUUCACAUCUCCUGUUGCUACGGGAUUAUUUUCCUGCUGUAGCAACCUGGCUCAAAUUAAGAUCCUACAUCUGUAGCCUCCUUUGAUAGAGAAACUUGGUGUGUUUCGGGGACUGGUGGGAAGCACUUUGUGAAAGAAAUAGUUUUGCGCUUUUCAGGCCAAUUUAGGUGCUUUAGAUGUAUAAUUAGUGAAAUAUCAUCAUACCAAAAAUGUCUCUGUUCAUUGUAAUCUGUUUUCCAUCGUAGUUGAACCCGACAGUCAACUGUUGGGCUAAUAGUAUAUUUUAUGUCAAUAGAGUAGCAAUACAUUUCCUGUUGCAGUAACUUAUUAUACAAGUGGAUUAGGGUCCCUUUACAAUCUGAUUGGUUAAGGAUCAGUUUUCAGCUGAUUUUCUAAAUAAAUUUGGAAUUUU